CCUUCCUUUUUAUCUUCCUUCUUUCAUUUAUUUUUUCUUUCUCCUUUUUAAGUAUUUUUUUUUUAUGGUAGUGGAGGAGAAUUGGAUUGGUUGCUCUCAGAACAGGGAGUCUAAAUUGAUACACAGAUCAGUAGCGUCCUUGCUGGAGUGGCUGUCGCAUGAAUUCUUUGGAGAUCUCUGGAGAAAACAGAAAGAAACUGAAACGGCAUGAAUGAAUUAAUUGAGCCAGAUUUCCUACCGCUUACUAAGGAGACCUUAUUGCUCUGAUUAAGGAGCUCCACCUGCACUGGAAAAAAACACUCUGCCUUUGUUUUCCACUUUUUAGUUUUCGACACAUAAAUGAAAAAGUCCCAGAAAACUUUCCAAGUUAAUCAUCCCUGAAGAGUGGCGGAUCCACUGCGCACUAAAGCAAACCUUUCUUCUAUGUGAGCCAAGAAAAGAAAAACAGUCUGCCAAACAUCUGUAAAGAGAUGGCUAUCAUCAUAUAGGAAUUUGAGGAGCUGCUAUACGGCAUGAUCCAAAUGGGAGAGAAUCAACUGUCAUAAUGUCCCAGAAGGCCUUAUAAUAAAUAGAGCAAACAAUAGGGGAAAAUCUGUGCUUGGAGAUUUUGCAUGGAAACGAGAUUUCCAUGUAGUUACUGUAGAAAAAUCCAAAGCAAACAUGCAGAUAGUUCUUUGAGAAGUCCCUAAAUCAUAUGUAAAGGCUCAGACACGUGCCACAAAAAGGUUAUUUUAUACUCAGUAUCUCCAACUCAUUGUCCAAUUUUCAGAAGGAGCAGCAGUUGAUCGUGAAUUAAGGGUUUGAACCACCAUUAGGCAAAGGUAGUUUCUCUAGCGAGAAUCAUGUCUGCUAAUGACACAUGUAUCGAGCCAGAUGGAGACAGCACAGAUUUUCGGUACUUUAUCUAUGCAGUGACAUACACUGUCAUUCUUGUGCCAGGUCUCAUAGGGAACAUAUUAGCCUUGUGGGUAUUUUAUGGUUAUAUGAAAGAAACCAAACGGGCUGUGAUAUUUAUGAUAAACUUAGCCAUUGCUGACUUACUACAAGUACUCUCCCUGCCACUGAGGAUCUUUUACUACUUAAAUCAUGACUGGCCAUUUGGGCCCAGCCUAUGCAUGUUCUGUUUCUACUUGAAGUAUGUUAACAUGUAUGCAAGCAUCUACUUCUUGGUCUGCAUCAGUGUGCGACGAUUUUGGUUUCUCAUGUACCCCUUUCGUUUCCAUGACUGCAAACAGAAAUAUGACCUAUAUAUCAGCAUUUCCGGAUGGCUGAUCAUCUGCCUUGCCUGUCUACUCUUCCCUCUCCUCAGAAUCAGUGAGGACACUCCUGGCAACAGAACCAAAUGCUUUGUGGAUCUACCUACCAGAAAUGUCAAUCUGGCCCAGUCUGUUGCCAUGGUGACUGUUGGAGAGUUGAUUGGGUUUGUAACUCCUCUACUGAUAGUUCUAUAUUGUACCUGGAAGACAGUUUUAUCGCUGCAAGAUAAAUAUCCUAUGGCCCAAGAUCUUGGAGAGAAAAAGAAAGCCUUGAAGAUGAUUCUAACCUGUGCAGGGGUAUUCCUAAUUUGUUUUGCACCUUAUCACUUCAGUUUUCCUUUAGAUUUUCUGGUUAAGUCCAAUGAAAUUAAAAGCUGCCUGGCCAGAAGGGUGAUUCUAAUAUUUCAUUCUGUGGCCCUGUGUCUUGCUAGUCUGAAUUCCUGCCUUGACCCAAUCAUAUACUACUUUACAACCAAUGAGUUCAGAAGACGGCUUUCAAGGCAAGAUUUGCACGAUAGCAUCCAACUCCAUGCAAAAUCUUUUGUGAGUAACCAUACCACUUCUACCAUGGCAACUGAAUUAUGCUGAAAAAAAAAAAAACUCUGAAUGUGGCCUGAAAUGCAAAUACAUCAGAAACAUUUGCAAUACCCUGAGCCACAGGGAAGUACUCACGGCAAGCAUUCACAACUUUUCAUUUAUAGUCUGUCUUACCUAUAUGGAGGAUUCACAUUUUCAUGACAUUUUCACAUAAUUGGAGCAUUAUGCUCCACCAUCAUUGAUGUUGACAUGUCCAUUAGUAAUUUGUUAUCAAGUAUUUAAGACUUAAACUAUAAAAUUUCAAUGACAGCCUAUAAGCAUAUGCUCUCAACUAGAAUCAGCAGUUUUAUCUGUGAACCUAAGGCACAGAGAGAUUAUUAGCUUGGGGCCACCAUAAGCACUUAUUUUUCUUACAGCAGACACUGAGUCUCUGUAUUCAGAGGAAAUGUAGAUGUCUAUUUAUCACAGUGUACAUUCCGAUUUCAUAUGUUUGGUUGUAUGUUUAGUAGGAUAGAAAGUAUACUAUGCUAAGCAAACAAAAUGUUAUAAAAAUAGGAUCAUUUUUAUUAUAUCUCCCAUGUGUGAUUACACGUCAGGGUUUGAAGACUCAAUUAGCUAUUUUCUUCAUUUCAGUGCCAUUAUCUAUUCAUUGCAUGAAGAUCUGAACUCAGGCCUCUGGUAUGUUCAAACUAAGAACAAUACACAGAUUUACAUACCGUAAUCCUCUGUGACCAUCUAAGAUGUCACAUUGCAUCUACCCAGGAAAGGUAGUUUGCCAAAGUCCAUACAAAGUGAUCCAAAUAACCUGUAGUCCCAGGACAAAGCAGAUAGGUGAAAAUCACAGUUCUUAAACUAUUUUCACCUGUGGAGAUACGGACCUGCCUAGUAGAGGGAGUUUCCACAAUGCUUCUAGAAUAACAAUGAAGUAACUCUGACAGUUUACUGCACUUUCUGAGCCUACGGAAGAAGUAGUGCACUAAUAGAUCACUAAGCUUAGUUCAGAGUGAAAACAUGAAACAAAGUUGAGUAAUCUUCUUAAGGUCUUCACCACAUUAUAUUUCUUAAUCUAAACUAGGGUCACCUGGCUUAAACCUUCAAGCCACCUAACACAAAUUAGGGUAGGUCUCACUGUCCCAUAAUUGCAAAUACAUUCCCAUUGCCCAAUCAUUGUAGUCAAUCACAUGGACCCUCGAGUCUGCAUUGAUAUUGGUCUAGCUUUGCCCCAGCCAUACCAUUCAGAAACCUACAUAGCCUACUUCCUAGCAGCUGGGGUAGGCAAUCCUUUCAUGUUUUGAGAAAAGUGCAGAAGAUUAAUUUUGUCAGCCUUGGGCACCCACAUUCAAUGUCUUGCCAGCUACCUGUUUGGUACUAUUAUGUGGGAAACAGACCUGGGUAGGAGUACUAGUUAAACCUGAGGUUUUAAGUAUUAGAAUACUUUGAAACAUGUUUUAGCAAAAAGCUCUAACUUUAAAAAAUGCUCUACCUAAAUAAAAUCUGUGUGCUAUACGAUGGAGAUGCAUUCUAGUUCUCAUCUGGAAGGAAUUGUAGAAGCCAAUCAAAGGCUAUAGCAUAUUUAGAGGGAGGGAGUUGUUUGAGGCACGUAAUUAUGAUACUAAUAUGUUUUAGAGAAAACUAUUGAAAUCAAAAUGAAUUCUAAUAUCUAAGAUUAAUGGAAAGUUUUCUCUGGACACGUAUUGAGUUUGCUUGUACUUUGUAUUUACAAUAAUACCCUAUUAGAAAAUUGACUUUGUGCUGCUAGAACAGUGUAUCUAUGUAUCUCCUAAUUAUUCAUUGUAAGGUACAUGUUUUGAUGUGUUAAAUAAGUUUUAAAUGAGUGUUAAAUUGUGUCUUGAAAAGUGUAAUAUAAUUGUGUCUGGUCUGUUUGCUCUAAAUUGAUUUGUAUUCGACUAUAAUUCAGUGUUGUAAUGGGAUUGCAAGUAAUAAUUUUGUGGAAUUGUGAAACAACUGUGGGUACUUGCAAUGGGAGAGUCUUGUCUGUACUAUGUGCUUAUUAUUUUCUAGACUAGCACAAAUUACACUUCUUAGGUCACUUUGGGAGACCACUGAUUUAAUUUUAUUAACAUAUUGAUUUCAUUUUAAACAUAUCUUUUUUUUAAAGGAGAAGUGAAAUAUUUCCAGAUUAUUGACUUUCUUAGAGGAAUGGUUGAGGGUACAGCCUAUUUGUUAGACAACCAAUUUACAUAAUUCAGGGAGAGGACAAGUGUCCAGGGCUCUUAUGUGCUUAGUUAAAGUCACCCCUUCUCCCCAGGCCUGCCCUUCUAGAUUUGUAUUCAGUGCUCUGAUUUACUUUACCCAUUCCCCCUACCCCAUCAGUAUGUUUUGUCUUCUGCCCUACUCCCUUGCUCUUCUAGGCAAUAAUCUGAUCAACUAAAUUCACUUUAAGGUGCUAAUGACUAAUGUUAGUUUAAUGUUAACUUACCCAAGGGUGUCUGAAUUCCAGGCUUUAGGACUAGGCAUUGACCCAAAGUGGUGAAUUUCAAUAUAUACACUGAAGCAGAAAGACUGGAGGGAAAAAUAUUUUGAAGAAAGUUUGUUCUUACAGCAGUGCCUUUCAGAUUGCAUAUAGUAAGUGACCACCUCCUUUACUUACCAUAAUGGGGAUACUAAAUUCUAAGAAAUAUAUCCAUA